AUGGAUUUACCGUUAUCUCCGUGAUUUUACCCAUUUCUCUUUGGAAGGGGUUUAAGCUCAUCUCUAAUGGCUUCCAAUCCAGAGAAAAAUCCGCCUCCGUCAGAUGAGAAAACCGAAUCAACGGUGGAGAAGACGAGUCCUAAACCGGAAUCAGCCUCUGGGAGCACACCUUCACCAGCCAUUCCUGGCCCGAAUUUCAAUGCUUUCGAUUUCUCAAGUAUCGCUGGUAUCCUCAACGAUCCAAGCAUUAGGGAAUUGGCAGAGCAGAUAGCUAAAGAUCCAGCAUUUAACCAACUUGCUGAGCAGCUUCAGAGAUCAGUUCCAAAUGCAGCUCAGGCAGGUGGUUUCCCAACCAUUGAUCCGCAACAGUAUGUGAGCACAAUGCAACAGGUUAUGCAUAACCCUGAGUUUCAAACUAUGGCGCAGCGACUUGGUAACGCCUUAGUGCAGGAUCCGCAAAUGUCUCCCUUUUUGGACGCUUUCUCGAACCCUGAGACAGCGGAGCAUUUUACUGAGCGUAUGGCGAGGAUGAAAGAAGAUCCGGAGUUGAAACCUAUACUUGAUGAGAUUGAUGCUGGUGGUCCUUCUGCCAUGAUGAAGUACUGGAAUGACAAAGAUGUGUUGAAAAAGCUUGGUGAAGCAAUGGGAAUGCCCAUGGUUGGCUUGCCAGAGCAGGCUGCUUCAGCUGAACCCGAGGCAGCGGAAGAAGUUGAAGAAGGUGAAGAAGAAGAAGAGUCUAUUGUUCAUAAAACUGCCAGUCUUGGUGAUGUUGAGGGUUUGAAAAAUGCUUUGGAAGCCGGUGGUAACAAAGAUGAAGAAGAUUCCGAGGGAAGGACCGCAUUGCAUUUUGCUUGCGGAUAUGGCGAGUUGAAAUGUGCGCAAGUUCUUAUCGAUGCUGGAGCAAGUGUUAACGCGGUUGACAAAAACAAGAACACGCCUCUGCAUUACGCUGCUGGUUACGGGAGGGACGAGUGUGUAAGCCUUCUCCUAGAGAAUGGUGCUGCAGUGACUCUGCAAAACCUAGACGAGAAGACACCAACUGAUGUAGCCAAGCUUAACAACCAGCUCGAGGUGGUCAGGCUACUUGAGAAGGAUGCCUUCCUUUGA